CCUGGAAAUUAGCUGUCAAGAAUAGUGAUUGUGUUGUUUUUCUGUUCGGUGUUGGUGAGGCUACAAUAUCAGUUUCCGACUGUAUUCUAAUAAGUUUGUAGUCAAGAUGACCGUCUCAAAUAAGAUGGAUAUCGAUUCGGGGCCGAAGGGAGAAGGUUUUCGUUCUUACUACAUAACCAAAAUUGAAGAACUGCAACUCACAGUUGCUGAAAAGAGCCAAAAUCUGCGCAGAUUGCAGGCCCAGCGAAAUGAGCUGAAUGCCAAAGUCCGUAUGUUGAGAGAGGAGUUGAUGUUGUUGCAAGAGCAGGGGAGCUAUGUGGGAGAAGUUGUGAAGCCGAUGGACAAAAAGAAGGUCCUUGUCAAGGUGCAUCCUGAAGGCAAAUUUGUUGUUGAUAUAGACAAGAAUAUUGACAUCAAUGAUGUUACUCCAAAUUGCAGAGUGGCUCUUAGGAAUGAGAGCUAUACCUUGCAUAAAAUCUUACCCAACAAGGUUGAUCCUUUGGUGUCUCUUAUGAUGGUUGAGAAAGUCCCUGAUUCCACCUAUGAGAUGGUUGGUGGUUUGGAUAAGCAGAUUAAAGAGAUCAAGGAGGUUAUUGAAUUGCCAGUGAAACAUCCUGAGCUGUUUGAUGCUCUUGGUAUUGCACAGCCCAAAGGUGUGCUCUUGUAUGGACCUCCUGGAACAGGAAAGACCUUAUUGGCCAGGGCUGUGGCUCACCACACUGAAUGCACCUUCAUCAGAGUGUCUGGUUCCGAGUUGGUACAGAAGUUCAUUGGAGAAGGUUCUCGUAUGGUCAGAGAACUGUUCGUUAUGGCGCGCGAGCACGCUCCGUCCAUCAUCUUCAUGGACGAAAUCGAUUCCAUCGGUUCGUCCAGGAUCGAGUCCGGCUCUGGCGGUGACUCCGAAGUGCAGAGAACUAUGCUCGAGUUGCUCAAUCAGCUGGACGGUUUCGAAGCUACCAAAAACAUUAAAGUCAUCAUGGCCACCAACCGAAUUGAUAUCUUGGAUCCGGCUCUGUUGCGUCCUGGCAGGAUCGAUCGUAAAAUCGAGUUUCCACCACCAAACGAAGAAGCCAGAUUGGACAUCUUGAAAAUUCACUCCAGGAAGAUGAAUUUAACAAGAGGCAUCAACUUGAGGAAAAUCGCAGAACUCAUGCCAGGUGCGAGCGGUGCUGAAGUUAAGGGAGUUUGCACUGAAGCUGGAAUGUACGCACUCAGGGAGCGCAGAGUCCACGUGACGCAAGAGGAUUUCGAGAUGGCCGUGGCCAAAGUCAUGCAGAAAGAUUCUGAGAAGAACAUGUCCAUCAAGAAGCUGUGGAAGUAAUUUCCUCAAUUUUUUUCGUUUUAUUUAUAAAUACUAUAAUGGUAUAUAUUAUAUUAGGAACUUAAAUAAAUUUUUUA